CAGGGAAGACUUCUGGGCAACAUUGGUCUACCUGUGGUGCUUAGAGCAGUGCCAGUCGGUCUGCCCCUGUGCGAGGGAAGGGACCCUGCGUUUGUUCCUCUUCCAGUCCGAGAGACGGGGGUCAACACGGGGUUGUUCCGUGUGCGGGGGUGCGUCACGCCGAGAGAAACGCGCGGCUGCUGCUCGGUGCGCCAUGGCUAGUUUUGAAGAGGCAGCCGUGGUGGAGAGGGCCACUGGCGUGGUACGCGUUAAACCCGAGCAAGAAGCAGCAGCGCUAGGGGGUUCUUCCUCUUCACGAGCCAUCGACGAGCAGCAUAAGCGAGGAAGAGAAUGUAACGGUGGCGGUGACAACUCGUCGCAAAGAUGGACCAGGUCGCACUCGCCUUUGAGGCAGCUAUUGAGCUCCGCGUCAAGUAGCAGACCUGGUUCCCCGAAGGUCGGCAACGACGGACUUGGAAACGGAAUAGGUGGUGGCGGUGGCGGUGGUUCUGCUGGCGGCAUGCAACCCAUCUCCUCAUUAGAAUCCGCCCACGAUGAAGCACUGGGGGUGCUGGCAGGAGCAGCGGCGAACGCAAAGCCUUGUGACAUACCGCCGUCUGAUGACAUUGAACGUGCUACCCAGCACAAGCAGCGGCCACAGCAACCGCAACAACAGCAGCAAGUCUUCGUAAAGAACGUGCUCCGUCCCGUGUCGUACGAUGAGUGCCACAUUCCUUCGGAAGAUGGACAAGACGAUGGCGGCGACGAUGGCAACGUCAACCCAGGCAACGUUUCGCGGCCCUUGCCCGCCACGGUCGUCUCGUCUGACCCAGUUCCCUCAGUACGACAGCCUUGCUAA